UUUACUGCAGCAUUUUUUAAUUCUAAACUUCUGUAUAUGGCACGUGUGACAGCAUUGAAAAAAAUAACCUGUGUGAGCAACCUGAUAUCCUUAAGGACUGUGAGCACUCAGAAGACGACAUGUCCACUAUUCUUUGUCCAUCCCAGUCGAGGACUGGUGGACGAGAAGUUUCGGAUCGUUGUAACAAAUUUACUGCCAAGUCAAAAGGUGACACUACACUCUCUACUUCAAACAGAGGAUAAGAAUUUCUGGGAGGCGUUUGGACACUACGUCAGUGAUGAACACGGAACAGUUACAGGGACCACAGAUGAAAGUUUGGGAGGCACUUAUGAAGGAAGAGAGCCAAUGGGGUUGCUGUGGAGCAUGAGACCCGCACCAGGAAGUCCAAAAGGACUCAGAAUACGCAAGAGGGAUGUUCUUACACCAAUGGUAGUUCAAAUUUCAGUAUACAGUGGGCAUCUAUCUGAAGGCUUCAGCGAGGAACCACCCCUGGCAACAAGUGUCAUAGAGCGCUGGCAUGUAGCACCAGGUGUGAAAAGGAUAAACAUCAGGGAGGAAGAAGUACGAGGAACACUUUUCCUACCUCCAGGCCCUGGGCCGUUCCCAGGAGUGCUGGAUCUGUGGGGAGCAGGUGGUGGUUUGGUCGAAUAUCGCUCUGCCCUGCUUGCAUCUCAUGGCUUUGCAUCUAUGGCACUUGAUUACUUCGCUCCAAAAGGGCUGAGAAUGCAAGAUGUUGAUAUUGCUUACUUUGAGAAAGCAUACCAGAUCCUGAAGAAUCAUCCAUUGGUACAGACGGAUCAACUAGCUGUCCUUGGGCUGUCUUUUGGAAGUAUAGUCACACUCAGUAUUGUGGCCUACUCCAAUGUCAUCAAGCCCCAGUGUUGUGUGGCUAUUAAUGGAAGUCACCUGAUUCCUUUCGACCAAAACCUCUUUGAACUCAUUCAGAAUAUGAAGAAGAAUUUAGAUAAACUACGUGUGAUAGAGGAAAACAAGGUAAUUCACAGAGAUGUUAUCCUAACCACUCUCCCAGACCCACCACCCAAAGUAGAUGUUGGGAGAAUAAAGUGUCCACUUCUGUUGGUGACUGCUGGCGAUGAUCAUGCUUUUCCUGCAGUUGAAUCUGCUGAAGAUAUGGAGAUGAUGAUGGAGAAUGCAGGAAGUCGCCACUUGUUGGAAGUCCUGACAUAUCCCGGGGCUGGUCAUCUUAUUGAACCACCAUAUUCACCUCACUUUCGUGCAACUAACUUCAACUUUUAUUUGACAAACCAGAAAGUUGUCGUUCUAUGGGGUGGACAAACCCAAUCACAUGCCUACGCACAAGAGGACUCAUGGAAUAAGAUAUUGGCAUUUCUGCGGGAGCACCUCUGCUUCAAUGAAACACUGCAUUAUAGAAAAAACAUCUAAAUGUGUCAUUUCAGCUAAAUAACAUGUAACAGUUUUAAAUCGUUUUUAAAUUG